AUGACCUCAUUUUGGUUUCUGUACAGGGAGGCUGAUACACAGUUGUCCUCUGACACAGACCUUGAGGACCCUGAUGUCAAGAAUGCAAAGCUUGGGAAAGGAAAGGUGAGACUGGCAUCUAAAGUCCUCUAUCAACACAAGAAAGCCAUAAUAAUUUGGAUAUGGUCACAUACUGCUAUACAUUUGUGCGCACACAAUGUACACUAACACCUUACAUGGUAUUCCUGUCUGUUGUAGGGGGGUAAGAAGGGGAAGAAAGCCCCUGGAGAGAAGGGGAAGGGUGGGGCAGUGAAGGGUGCUGGCCUUGGCCGGGUGAAUGGCCACCACCAGGAGAACGGGAUGGAGAGCAUGACCCUGUUCGAGGUGAUGAAAAUGGGGAAGAGUGCCACACAGGUUGGUGCAAACUUUUUUUUAUUAGACAAUGUAAUUCUCAAAGCAUGUUGGUGAUAGUAGUAUUUUCAUAUUGAAGUGAUGGUGAAUGGGUGUCUUUUCUGUUAGUCUGUCGUUGAUGACUGGAUUGAGUCUUACAAGAACGAUCGAGACAUUGCUCUCCUGGACUUGAUCAACUUCUUCAUCCAGUGUUCGGGCUGUAAAGGUAGGCACCCAGAGCGGAUUGAAUAGAAUACUAAACCCUGAGAAGGAAGUUUCUAAAUCAUUUUGCGUCCGUUACUUGUGAUUAUUGAGCGAGCUAAGAUUUUAUGGUUCUUAUUUUUUGUUUUGCUACAGGUGCUGUCAGUGCAGAGAUGUUCAGACACAUGCAAAACUCUGAGAUCAUCAGGAAGAUGACAGAGGAGUUUGACGAGGUACUGUCUGGUGGUGCACUUACUGUACGUCGUUAUUUAUGCCUCUCUGUCUAUAGGGUCAAUCUAAAUGUUAUUCUCUAUUUUUUUCUCUCUCUCUCUCUCUCUGUCUGUUAUCAUAUAGGACAGCGGGGACUACCCGUUAACUAUGGCAGGGCCACUGUGGAAGAAGUUCAAGUCGAGCUUCUGUGAGUUUAUCGGGGUGCUGGUGCGGCAGUGUCAGUACAGCAUCAUCUAUGAUGAGUACAUGAUGGACACGGUUAUCUCGCUGCUCACUGGCCUCUCUGACUCUCAGGUCCGAGCCUUCAGACACACCAGCACACUGGCAGGUCAGUACUCACACAAUAUAGACACUGGGCAGUUGAGGGAAGGCUGCAGUUAAAGCACUGUUAAACUACUAGCUUGAUGUAUGCAAUGCUAUCUUUUAUGAAGGAUAUGCUGUGUGUCAAUAUGUAGGACUAAUGAAUAUACUUUAACUUGAUGGCCAAUCUGCAUUAAUAGUGCCUUAUUAAUUAGUAGAUGUCACUCAAGUCAGUCGUUGUCUCUACCAGCCAUGAAGUUGAUGACAGCCUUGGUGAACGUGGCUCUGAACCUGAGCAUCAACAUGGACAACACUCAGAGGCAGUACGAGGCAGAGAGGAACAAGGUCAUGGCCAAGAGGGCCAAUGAUAGGCUGGAGCUCCUUUUACAGAAGCGUAAAGAGGUGAGUGGGUUCUUCUUAUGGUGCCUCAACUGUUUCUUCCCCACGACUGUUGUAGGGAAGGGGAAGAUUACAUUAUCUGGUCCUAACAAUUCUAACCUGACCAUAUAAUAUGUCAUAUUUAUAAAUAUGAAUAUUUGAAAAGGAAAAGGCGCAUCGCUCGCUUACCAUUAAAAACAUUAUUUUAUUUAAACAUCUAAAAGGUUGACGUUUUGGCUACCAUCAAUGGCCUUCAUCAGAACCAGUUCCUGAUGAAGGCCAUUGAUGAAGUCCAAAACGUCAAACUUUUAAUAGUAUUAAUGGUGAGCGAGCGAUGCACCUUUUUAAUUAUGAUUUAGUUUUAUGGUUGCAGCUCGACUCCCAUUGGUUGUGCAACCUCCACUUGUUUCCAUUUAGAAAUGUCUCUCCUUUCAGCUUCAAGAAAAUCAAGACGAAAUUGAAAACAUGAUGAAUGCGAUUUUCAAAGGAGUGUUUGUUCACAGAUAUCGGUAUGUAUUGGAAUUUGUCAUCUUUCUACACACAGAACAAUGAAUCCAAUUAGAACUAUAAUGGUAAAUGCAUUAUAUUUAGAAUUAUGUAUUGUUUUAGGGCGAAUAUUAUGAAUGUUUUUUUUGUAGUAUAUUUUUAUUGAAGUUAGGGUGUCUAAAAAGAAAACUGUGGGUGCAUUCACUAGAUGUCAGAGAGUUCGAUCUCUCAAUGUGGAAACCAACUUCAGGUACUGACAUUGCAGAGAGAGACUUCAGUGGCAUGGAAGGCGUACAGCAGCUCUGAGAUGUGCAGACUGGUCUUUCACUGAGCUGUCCCAAGGCUGUGUGGCGCCCUCUUGUGCUAAACAGGCAGCAACGGUUGCUAAGGCAGAACAGCUCAUCAUGGCACAGCAUGUGCCACUGAUAUCUGAUCUAAGUAGGCUUUUAAAACUGCCUCUGGCUGUACCACUUAAGCUUUUCUAAUUAAAUCCACUUUUACUGCCCUGCCAUAAGAUAUCAAAUAAUUGAAUUGACCAGUGAGCAUGAGGGGUCUGUGAGUAAGUCUGGACAUUUGUUCUCUGUUUAUCAGUGAUGCCAUAGCUGAAGUCCGGGCAAUUUGCAUUGAGGAGAUUGGGGUAUGGAUGAAGAUGUACAGCGAUGCUUUUCUCAAUGACAGUUAUCUGAAGUAUGUUGGAUGGACCAUGCAUGACAAGGUGAGCCAUGCAAUAUGUCAAAUCAAAUUUGAAACUCUACAGCAGGGGUUCCCAAACCUUUUCACUCGGGGGGGCCCCCCUUCCAGCAUUCGGGAACAUCCUGCGCCCCUCCCUGCGAGUACGCCACGUCUAUUUCUAUGGGCACAAGCACUGUUCAUGACACAAACUGUUCACACCCUUCUUGUUGGUGGAGAGAAUUUUGCAGGUUUAAAGCUCAUUUCCUGCAAUUCUACAAAAAAAAUUCAUGGGGUGCAAAGAAAACGUUGCAGUUUUAAAGCAAAUUUUCUUGCAAUUCUAUAUAUUUUGCCAUGGCUAAUGUGUAUUCGUGUGAUAUUUAAGUGACUAAACAAUUACAACUAUCUAUGGGAUAAAAAAACGUUAGCUGACGUGGGCUAGUUGAUCUGGAUAUUUAUGACAAGUUAUAAAUAGCUCUCUAAGGUAUACAAUGACUAACAUGACAAGAGUAACUAAUGAUGCACUACCCAAUUUCGAAAUUGCACCUUGUGCAUUCUACUAUUACAACUUUCAAGAGUAAGUUUAAAGCCGGACUGAGUUCCUGCGCCCCCCUUGCCGACCCCUCGCGCCCCCCACAGUUUGGGAACCACAGAGCUACAGCAUUGAGGUUUGAACGUUGUGGUUACAACAUUGUCCUCCUCCCUGUGAUUGCAGCAAGGAGAAGUGCGUCUCAAGUGUCUGACUGCACUCCAGGGCCUGUACUAUAACCGGGAGCUCAACACUCGACUGGAGCUUUUCACCAGCCGCUUCAAGGUAGGUCAGACACUCCACCAUCUCAUCACUAACUGGGAAAUACUGUACAUAACAUACGCACAUCAUGGUUGGCCAGAUGUUGACUUUACUGUCAUUGACAGGACCGCAUUGUAUCGAUGACUCUGGACAAGGAGUAUGAUGUUGCAGUGCAAGCCAUAAAACUUCUGACUCUUGUCUUGCAGUAAGUAAUCUGCAAAACAUUGAAAUAUUGCAAAUGUAUUAGUGUCCAGUACUCCACGUACCCCUGACCCUCUGCUGACCCCGUUGAGACCUUACUGCCCUGUCUCUGUUGUUGUUGUCACAUUGCAGUAGCAGUGAUGAGGUCCUGACAGCAGAGGACUGUGAGAGUGUCUACCAUCUGGUCUACUCUGCCCAUCGACCUGUGGCAGUGGCUGCAGGAGAGUUCCUCUAUAAGAAGUAGGUCUCACACCGGCUGUCUAAAGCUGUGGUGGAAGCUGAAAAACACUCUGAUGAAAUUGUGAUUAAAGCACUAUUUGGGUUAGAAAUGCCUCCAUGCUGAGAAACUGAAGUUUGUUUGAGAAUUAUCCAGCAGCAUUUAGCCUGACCUCAAUGUUGCCCUGUCCUUAGGCUCUUCAGCCAUCGAGGUCCAGAGGAGGAGGGGAUGCCCAGGAGGGGCAGGCAGAGUCUCAACGGGAACCUCAUCAAGACCACCGUCUUCUUCUUCCUGGAGAGUGAGGUGUGUUCAGGCUCCAUGUAGAGUCUGUCUAUCUGUUUGAAGUGACCUACAUGGGGCACGUGUUUCGGUUGUGAUAUAUCUGAACGUUUGCAGCUCCAUGAGCACGGGGCCUACCUGGUGGACAGCCUGUGGGAGUGUGUAGGGGAGCUGCUAAAAGACUGGGAGAGCAUGAUCAGCCUGCUGCUGGAUGAGCCCAUGCCAGGGGAGGAGGGUAAGGAGAAGCACCAAGCACUUGUACACAAACACACACACGCACACUGUUAUUCACACUGUCAUAUCUCAUCAACAUGUUUGUCCCUGUCCAGCCCUGACUGACCACCAGGAGACUGCUCUGAUAGAGAUCAUGCUUUGUGCCAUCCGCCAGGCCUGUGAGUGCCACCCUCCAGUGGGCAGAGGCACAGGGAAGAGGGUGAGUGCUGCUUGGCAUAUUCCAAUGUAAGCCCCUCAGCGGUCAACUCCAUUACUAGUGAGCUCUCAAGGCUCUAUUCUCAGAAGCCAUGUUUGAACAUUCACUCAGAUGACUGAGGUUAUAUGAAAACCUUUCAUAUAACAUGAUUGUGACGUGAUUGUGCUCGUCGGAAAAUUCUCCUAGGUUUUGACAGCGAAGGAGAAGAAAACCCAGCUGGAUGACCGGACGAGAAUCACUGAGAUUUUUGCUGUGGCGUUGCCUCUGUUGUUGGCUAAGGUCAGUUAUCAAGUCAUCUACAUGACUGUCACUGUACAGUCUAUACACGGCUGCUAUAUUUAACUCAGCCCCUGGGACCGCCAGAUAGAUGCAGGAUUACUCAACCCUAGGUAUCUUGUAGCUCCCCUCACCCUCUCCAUCUUUUCCUCACAGUACUCUGUUGAUGCUGAGAAGGUGACCAACUUACUGCAGCUGCCGCAGUUCUUUGACCUGGAAAUCUACACCACUGGUCGAUUGGAAAAGGUUUGUGAAUCAUCUGAUAUUCCUGGACCUCAACUAAUCCUACCGUACCUUAGAUUGUUAACAGUAAGUUAUUCACACGGCCAUUGUGGCAGAAUGUAAUUUGAGACCUCUCAUCCCUUUGCCCUCUGUUUGUGUGCAGCACUUGGAGUCAUUGCUGCGUCAGAUCAGGGAAGUGGUGGAGAAGCACACAGAGACUGACGUGCUGGAGGCGUGCUCCAUGACCUACCACGCUCUCUGCAACGAGGAGUUCACCAUCUUCAACAGGGUGGACAUCGCCAGGUCCCAGCUACUGGACGAGCUGGUGGACAAGUUCAACAGACUCCUGGAGGACUUCCUGCUGGAGGUGGGCUCACAUGGCUUGGUGGUUCAAGGACUGUGUUUGAGAUCAUAUUUACAACUGUUCGUCAGAUGUAAUGAUAUUUAAAGACUAGAGGACACUGAACCUUCAGAGUAUUUCUCUUAGAAAAGUUUGUAGGGUUUUGUCAUUUUAAUUUGUAAGGUAGUACUUCUAUUGAGACUGAAACUGUAAAUUGAGUGCAGGAUUUCACUAGACAGUUAUCUGUUGUUUCAGGGUGAGGAACCAGAUGAGGAUGAUGCCUACCAGGUCCUGUCCACACUGAAGAGAAUCACUGCGUUCCACAAGUAAGGCCUUGAUCAAGAUUUAACGAGUAAUGUGUAAUCCAAACAUUAGCCAGUGAACGGUAGAUAAAUCAUAACUCCUUAUCUGACUAGAUUCUGUGUUUCUCUCUCUCCUCUGCAGUGCGCAUGACCUCUCUAAAUGGGACCUGUUCAACAGCAACUAUAAGCUACUAAACACAGGACUUCAGAAUGGUGAUAUGCCUGAACAGGUACCUAAAGCAUAACCCUGUUAUCCCUUUAAACUCACAUAAUCUCAAUGGUUUACUAUCACUUACCUUGUAAUACUCUCUUUUUCCCAGAUUGUAAUUCAUGCGAUGCAGUGCACACACUAUGUCAUCCUGUGGCACCUAGCCAAGGUUUCAGAGGGCAGCUCCACAAAGGUACAUACACUGUUAUCAGUGACUAACGACUAUCCAGUGUCUAGAAAUGCUAGUGACAAGUUAUGCCUGGAUAAUGACGGUGGUUUACUGCUUAAAUAGUGAGUACUGAAUACUGAGAAUAUCUGUUGCGUUUACAGGGUGACAUGGUGACCCUGAGGAAGCAGAUUAGGGCUUUCUGUCUGAUGUGCCAGAGCUACCUCACUAGUGUCAACACCACCGUCAAAGAGCAGGUGGGUUGUCCUACAUCAUGUCGGUUGGCUGGACACACAAUCGCAUUUUCCCUUAAGGUGUGUGUUCACUAUUCAGUGAUUGCUAAAAUGUUGUUGUUUUGCUGUGUUGGCUGGAUUACUGUAACGCCUCGAUCACACCGACAGCGUCAUUGCGCAAAAUGGUACGCAGCAUCAUCUGGAUAUGUGCAACAAAAGUUCAACAUUCACCUUCUGCUUCCAUUUCUGUCAAGCCGUCUACACAUACAGUUGGAUGCAUACGUUCAAUAAAUCCAACGUAUGCACCGCACAGAACGCACUGCAACUGCCACUGCAACGCAAUGCUGCAAGGCAAAUGCAGCGUUCCAUUGGAAAUGAUUGUACCAAAACGCAAUGAUGCUGUCGGUCUGAUCGAGGCGUAAAGCACUCAGUGUUUUCCGUAAGUACAUGGAGUAGCCAGCCAAAUAGAAAAAGUAGCCUGCCAGGGAGUUCCGGGCUGGGGGGUGCCGAGGGCACAUGCCUCCCUGGGAUUUAAUUUUUCCGAACUAGCUCUACAUUCUAAAGCCUUGAUUCCAUCUGAAGGACACAGCAAAUUAUUGAAUACUUUAACGACUUUACCUCCCAGAUUGGUCAAAUGAGUAGAAAGACAUGACUACAAUUAAAAUGACUGAAAAUGUAUGAGUUCAGUGUGUUAGUUGUUUUGGAUAUCGGCUAGGCCUUUAUGAUCAGGACUAUUUUCUAAGUAAGAUAACCUUUUUUUAACAUUAAACCUGUCUUCUCUUGAGAUUAAAGUCAUAUUUACAGUUUUACUGCAAGAUAUGAAUUGCCACAAUGUUUUGUUAUUCAAAUUGUGUAUUUUAUUGGCUCUGCUGCUGUGGACACUUAGGGUAAGGAAUUUUGUAAUUUGAGGGAACUAUCCCUUUAACAGUUUGGCCUGUCAAUUAAUCACUGUGGGUGGGAUUGUCAGGGGAGGGGGCAGGAUGUUUGUGAGUCACCGUAGGGUUUCAGACCUGUCAAUCAAUCACUGUGGGUGGGAUUUUGAGGGAAGGCGGUAGAUUAGUAAUCUAGUCAGAAAAAGUCUAGUCUAGUCUACUCUUUCAAUUUAGUUUAUUGUGUCAAAAACCUAAGAAAAAAGGUUGUGUUCUGUCGUGUGUAGCUCAGUUGGUAGAGCAUGGCGCUUGCAACGCCAGGGUUGUGGGUUUGUUUCCCACGGGGGGCCAGUAUGAAAAAAUAAAUAAAUGUAUACACUCACUAACUGUAAGUCGCUCUGGAUAAGAGCGUCUGCUAAAUGACUAAAAUGUAAAAAUGUAAGUAAACAUGGACUCCCUAUUGAGAAACAAUAUAAUUGUGGGAAAAUGGUUUUAAAUGCAAAACAUUUCAGGGGCAGGACCCCCCGCCAGAUUGUGCAUCCCCACAAAUACACAAAGUCAGGCGUCAAUGACUAGACCUACAGGUAUGAUUGAAGAUUGAAGCAGGAGUUAAACAUGGGCUUUGCUACACAGAAAGCAGCAGUUGACUAGGCUACUCCAUUGUCGACACUUUAAUAAAAUCACUAGGCCUAUAUUAAUAUAUUUAAUAAUACCAUAUCAUGUAUCAUAACAUUAGCUUUUAUAACCUUCAAUCUGUUUUCUUUUAUCAUAUUUUGGACCAGAAUGAGGCUCUCUCCACUACUUAUUGUUCCUGCAGUGCGGAGUCAACAUCUUUGUUGAAUGUUUUCAUAAUUUACUACUGCUUUUUGGCGAUUAUCUGCAGAUAGUCUACCAGUAUGGAAAUUAGGGAACCAAAUGAACGGCUCUCUAACCGAUACGGUUCCUUUCACCUAACACAGUGGUCACCAACAGGUCUGGUGAUCGACUAGGCAUUCCUAGUCGAUCACCAGGCAUUCCUAGUCGAUCACCAGGCAUUCCUAGUCGAUCACCAGGCAUUCCUAGUCGAUCACCAGGCAUUCCGAGUCGAUCACAAGGCAUUCCUAGUCGAUCACCAGGCAUUCCGAGUCGAUCACAAGGCAUUCCUAGUCGAUCACCAGACAUUCCUAGUCGAUCACAAGGCAUUCCUAGUUGAUCACCAGACAUUUCUGUAGAAAGUUCAACGAUAAAGGCUUGCGCUCCUUUUUAUUAUAAUUUAAUUUUUUUGACUUUGCGCUUGAUUCAGAAGGUGCACUUGAUUCAAAAACCCUGUGCGCCGGGUAGGCAAAGUGUUUCCAUUCUGUACCACUCCAUUUGUCUGAAGGGACAAACUCCGCCUACCCGUAGGACCAGGAGAGCAGUGGCUAAAUCAAGUGCGCCUACUGAGCUGGCCAAUCGGAUAGCUCAAAUCACUGUGCCAAGAGCAGCUUCCGCGACCCCACAGCUAAAUUUGAUAUCAGCCUACGUGAGAUUUCGCCAUCAGUGGUCAGUCUCACCGGAGGAAAGGAGAGAGCAGGGACCGUGAGAGGCGGACCCACUGCUGCUCUCUCCCUCCCUCCACUGAGACUGACCAUCAGAUGCAGGGACCAUUAGUCCAGUAAAAUAAAAAAGUGAAUUAUUUCAAUUUAUGCUCAGCUGUGCCUCGCAAGUGAUACAACAACUGAUCUAUUUUGUUAUCAAAGCUCGAGUUUUGAAAUAUAAUACGGUCUGAGAAGAACAGUAUUGGCAGGCCAAGCAUAUAGCCAAUAUGCUGUGAUAAUGUAUUAGGCCUACUGCACAAACUUCAUUCCUACAGACUGUUUUUUAUUAAUGUUGCAUAUGUUUACAUUUGUAAUGUUUUUUAUUUUAUCUGAGCGGUAGAUGUCUGCUUGCUUUUUGACUGCGAAGGUGAUCUUGACUCCGAAAAGGUUGGUUACCGUUGACUUAACAGAUCUGUUCAAAAAUAGCCAUUUGUUCGCGAACAACCCAUCACUAGGCUACACUGACAAGUCAUUUUAGCGGUCACUGGCAAGUCUCGACAUGGGCUUCGAAUUCUAGGAAAAUACAAACAAUAUCUUUGGUUUACUUUUCCCGAUGCGAUACAAUGGACAUAUAACUAUGUUGUAUGAUUUAUGAAUAGCAAAAGGAUGUAGGAGAUUGACUUUAUUCCAUCAGUUUGACAUCUUUAAUAAACUAGUCAACACUUGCUCUUCGGUCGUCAAUCAAACCACAGUAAAUAGCCUAUGCGCCCCUACUCUGUGGCUGUAUAGGCCUAUGAAACACGCAAAAGAAAAUAAAUGAAUGUGCCACAAAACAAUUAAGUGGAUUACAACUCAUCGUUACCUCUUACAUUACAUGGGACAUGUAAAUUCACUCACAGGAAAUGAUGAAGAAGCAUCAUGGUCUCCCUCCUCCGUGAAAAUAAAUUUGACUGCAGCCAACCACAGCGUACAUAAAUAACACGGUAUCGAGAGGCAGGCUCUUUAUUACUGACAGGCAUCGGUUCUAUCAAUAGAUCAUUAGAAGAUGUAUAUCGUUCAUUCUAGCGGGAGAAGGCUAUACAGACUGUUUCUGACCAGCGAAUUGAAACUUUUCAAUGAAAAAAAGCCUAGUUAAUUUAUCAAGUGGAAAAAGUAGCCAGCUUACAAAUGAGUCUGUUAUCGGCUAUUUAGCCGACAGCCAGCGCUUAUGGAAAACACUGAGCCCUGUGUGGCAACUGUUAACAUGAAAGGGCUUUUUAACUAAAUGUGAUUGAUUGACUGUGUUCCAGGCCUUCACUAUCCUGUGUGACGCCCUGAUGAUCUUCAGCCACCAGAUCGUGUCGUCGAGCCGGGAGCAGCUGGAGGCUCUGAUCUACGCGCCAGACUCCUCCCUGCAGGCUGAGCUGCUCAACUUCAUCCUGGACCACGUCUUCAUCGACCAGGACGAAGACAACAACAGCACAGGUCAGACACAUCCCCCUUUCACAGCCCCCUGGCAGACAGUCACCAUACAGGCCAGACAGAGCCCAACCUUACUCAGCCCCCUGGCAGAGAGUCACCAUACAGGCCAGACAGAGCCCAACCUCACACAGCCCCCUGGCAGACAGUCACCAUACAGGCCAGACAGAGACCAACCUUACACAGCCCCCUGGCAGACAGUCACCAUACAGGCCAGACAGAGCCCAACUUCACUCAGCCCCCUGGCAGAGAGUCACCAUACAGGCCAGACAGAGCCCAACCUCACACAGCCCCCUGGCAGACAGUCACCAUACAGGCCAGACAGAGCCCAACCUUACACAGCCCCCUGGCAGACAGUCACCAUACAGGCCAGACAGAGCACAACCUCACUCAGCCCCCUGGCAGACAGUCACCAUACAGGCCAGACAGAGCCCACCCUCACACAGCCCCCUGGCAGACAGUCACCAUACAGGCCAGAAAGAGCCCAACCUCACACAGCCCCCUGGCAGACAGUCACCAUACAGGCCAGAAAGAGCCCAACCUCACUCAGCCCCCUGGCAGAGAGUCACCAUACAGGCCAGACAGAGCCCAACCUCACACAGCCCCCUGGCAGACAGUCACCAUACAGGCCAGACAGAGACCACCCUUACAUAGCCCCCUGACAGACAGUCACCAUACAGGCCAGACAGAGCCCAAACUCACUCAGCCCCCUAGCAGAGAGUCACCAUACAGGCCAGACAGAGCCCAACCUCACACAGCCCCCUGGCAGACAGUCACCAUACAGGCCAGACAGAGCCCACCCUUACACAGCCCCCACCCUUACACAGCCCCCUGGCAGACAGUCACCAUACAGGCCAGACAGAGCCCACCCUCACACAGCCCCCUGGCAGACAGUCACCAUACAGGCCAGACCAAGCCCACCCUCACACAGCCCCUUGGCAGACAGUCACCAUACAGGCCAGACAGAGCCCACCCUCACACAGCCCCCUGGCAGACAGUCACCAUACAGGCCAGACAGAGCCCACCCUCACGCAGUACAAGUCAGACAUCCACUCAGCCCACCUGGUAGCUAGUCACAACACAAGGAGACCGCUGAGAAUGGCUUUUAAUGUGAACACACAAUUUAAAUAUGUAGUAACACCAGAGCUCUUUCUGAGUUGAAGCGAACACCUUAUAUGGAGACCUGAAUAAUGAAGCUUUGCAAGGGGUUACUUAUGUGUGAUUUUGGUUUUCUUAAUUUUAUCAGAUGGGCAGCAAGAUGAUGAAGCCAGUAAAAUUGAGGCUUUACACAAGAGGCGGAACCUGCUGGCAGCGUACUGCAAACUGAUCAUUUACAAUGUGGUGGAGAUGAACACUGGAGCUGAUAUCUUCAAGCAGUACAUGAGGGUAUGUCUGGCCUCCUACCAUAUUUAUCCCUUAAAAAACCCAUUGCUAUUCCCAAUCCAUUACAUGUGUGUUUUUCUCUCUAGUACUACAACGACUAUGGAGAUAUCAUCAAGGAAACGAUGAGUAAAACAAGACAAAUUGACAAGAUCCAGUGUGCCAAGACCCUCAUUCUGAGUUUGCAGCAGGUAGGAGCUUUGGAGAAAUUAACAUUCAAUUAAAGUAUUGUCUUAAUUUUGUGACAGUGUGAGUGUUUUGAUGAUCAUUUUUAAAGUUGCAACACUUUUCUCUUUUAGCUUUUCAAUGAGAUGUUAUCUGACCUCGGCUGCAACUUUGACCGCUCGUCGUCGUCCUUCUGUGGCAUUAAAGAACUGGCCCGACGUUUCUCGUUGACCUUUGGCCUGGAUCAGCUGAAGACCAGAGAGGCUAUCGCCAUGUUACACAAGUAAGCCCAAAGGUUUAACAGCUCUGUAGGCAUGCUUCAAUUUGAGGCUUCUCAACAUCCCAGAACUGUUCAAGUAUUUACAGCUCAAUACUUCAAUCAAUUCCUUCCUAAACAUGUUGUCUUGUGCUGCACUUUCUGCAGGGAUGGAAUCGAGUUUACCUUCAAGGAGCCCAGUCCCCAGGGAGAGGGAAACCCUCCUCUCAACCUAGCCUUCCUGGACAUUCUCAGCGAGUUCUCCUCCAAACUGCUUCGUCAGGACAAGAAGACUGUGUACGUCAGAGGAAACUGUUAUACUUAUUUCUAUGUGCAGUCAGUGACUGUAUUAUCCAUAGCCAGACAGACCACAGCUACACUAGAUCAGGCAUAGUCAUUGCGCGUCUCUCUGCGACUUAAUUGGCGGCUCACGGCAAAAAUGUAAAAACAUUUAUUGUAUUUUCCUCAUUCAGCUGAAUGCGCCCGUGGUUACGUGAGUAGCCUUAUUAGCGACUGGGACAAACGGAGGGGUAAAAUCAGUGUCACUGUGAUUUUGUUUUACAAGAGUGGCUCCCUCUAAGAUAUUGGUGACUACCACUGCACUAGAUGAUGGAUGUUGAGUUGUGGUCCUCUGUCCCCUCCAGUCACCUCUACCUGGAGCGGUUCAUGACCUUCCAGAUGGCCUUACAGCGAGAGGACUGCUGGCUGCCCCUCAUCUCCUACAGGAACUCCCUGCAGGCCGGAGGAGACGACGACACCAAUGUCUGUCAUCAGCGGCUACAGCAGCCGAGGUUCCAGCGUCAGGAGUAAGAAGGCCAAGCCAGCCAGCACCGGCAAGAGGAAACUACCUGAAGGUGAGGGGCCGACACAGAGCCACAGAACAGCAUGGGCAACAUACUAUGACACACUGGCAUUUUAAACCUGAAAGCUCAAUGUUUAGUGUUACAGCUUGUGUUCCAGAAUCUGUCACCUGCAGCACAAUGUCAGAUCAUCGAGCAGGGCGAAACAAAUGGUAAAAGCCCAUACAAGCAAUACAAUAAAUCUAGCCAAAUGUUCAAUUUGAUUUUCACUUGGGGACAUAACUUGUUGAAUGGAAAUUAGACAUUUAUGAAUUGAGGCAAGUGUUUGCUAGAUGUUUUGAGAUGUUGGCAUUAUAAAAAGCCAGUCCGCUAAGACAGGGAUCAUCAACUAGAUUCAGCCGCAGGCCUAAUUUUUUUAUUGAGCGGAUGGUUGGGGGGCCGGAACAUAAUUACAAAUAAUUUGUUGACGGCAAAUUGACUGCAUGAAGCCCAAACAGAUAUAAUGUAUACGAUCACGUUUCUCUCUAUUAUGCGUGGGAAUACUUUGGAACAGACUUCCUGGAGUUUUCAGUCUAUUAUGUCCAACAAUAAAACAUGAUAUAUACACACCGGUCAAAGGUUUUAGAACACCUACUCAUUCAAGGGUUUUUCUUUAUUUUUACUAUUUUCUACAUUGUAGAAUAAUAGUGAAGACAUCAAAACUAUGAAAUAACACAUUUGGAAUUUGUAACCAAAAAAGUGUUAAACAAAUCAAAAUAUAUGUUAUAUGUGAGAUUCUUCAAAUAGCCACCCUUUGCCUUGAUGACAGCUUUGCACACUCUUGGCAUUCUCUCAACCAGCUUCACCUGGAAUGCUUUUCCAACAGUCUUGAAGGAGUUCCCACAUAUGCUGAGCACUUGUUGGAGGCCAGGUCAUCUGAUGCAGCACUCCAUCACUCUACUUCUUGGUAAAAUAGCCGUUACACAGGCUGGAGGAGUGUUGGGUCAUUGUCCUGUUGAAAACAAAUGAUAGUCCCACUAAGCCCAAACCAGAUGGGAUGGCGUAUCGGUGCAGAAUGCUGUGGUAGCCAUGCUGGUUAAGUGUCACUAGCAAAGCACCCCCACACCAUAACACCUCCUCCUCCAUGCUUUACGGUGGGAAAUACACAUGCGGAGAUCAUCCGUUCACCCACACCGCGUCUCACAAAUCCACGGCGGUUGGAACCAAAGAUCUCCAAUUUGGACUCCAGACCAAAUGACACAUUUCCACCGGUCUAAUGUCCAUUGCUCGUGUUUCUUGGCCCAAGCAAGUCUCUUCUUCUUAUUGGUGUCCUUUAGUAGUGGUUUCUUUGCAGCAAUUCGACCAUGAAGGCCUGAUUCACACAGUCUCCUCUGAACUGUUAAUGUUGAGAUGUGUCUGUUACUUGAACUCUGUGAAGCAUUUAUUUGGGAUGCAAUUUCUGAGGCUCGUAACUAAUUAACUUAUCCUCUGCAGCAGAGGUAAUUCUGGGUCUUCCUUUCCUGUGGCGGUCCUCAUGAGAGCCAGUUUCAUCAAAGCGCUCGAUGGUUUUUGCAACUGCACUUGAAGAAACUUUAAAAGUUCUUGACAUUUUCCGUAUUGACUGACCUUCAUGUCUUAAAGUAAUGAUGGACUGUCGUUUCUCAUUGCUUAUUUGAGCUGUUCUUGCCAUAAUAUGGACUUGGUCUUUUACCAAAUAGGGCUAUCUUCUGUAUCCCCCCCUACCUUGACACAACACAACUGAUUGACAUUAAGAAGGAAAGAAAUUCCACAAAUUAACUUUUAAGAAGGCACACCUGUUAAUUUAAAUGCAUUCCAUGUGACUACCUCAUGAAGCUGGUUGAGAGAAUGCGAAGAGUGUGCAAAGCUGUCAUCAAGGCAAAGGGUGGCUACUUUGAAGAAUAUAAAAUAUAAAAUAUACACUUUUUUGGUUACUACAUGACUCCAUAUGAGUUAUUUCAUAGUUUUGAUGUCUUCACUAUUAUUCUACAAUGUAGAAAAUAGUAAAACAAAUAAAGAAAAACCCUUGAGUAGGUGUUCUAAAACUUUUGACCGGUAGUGUAUAUACAGUGGGGAGAACAAGUAUUUGAUACACUGCCGAUUUUGCAGGUUUUCCUACUUACAAAGCAUGUAGAGGUCUGUAAUUUUUAUCAUAGGUACACUUCAACUGUGAGAGACUGAAUCUAAAACAAAAAUCCAGAAAAUCACAUUGUAUGAUUUUUAAGUAAUUAAUUUGCAUUUUAUUGCAUGACAUAAGUAUUUGAUCACCUACCAACCAGUAAGAAUUCCGGCUCUCACAGACCUGUUAGUUUUUCUUUAAGAAGCACUCCUGUUCUCCACUCAUUACCUGUAUUAACUGCACCUGUUUGAACUCGUUACCUGUAUAAAAGACACCUGUCCACACACUCAAUCAAACAGACUCCAACCUCUCCACAAUGGCCAAGACCAGAGAGCUGUGUAAGGACAUCAGGGAUACAAUUGUAGACCUGCACAAGGCUGGGAUGGGCUACAGGACAAUAGGCAAGCAGCUUGGUGAGAAGGCAACAACUGUUGGCGCAAUUAUUAGAAAAUGGAAGAAGUUCAAGAUGACCCUCGGUCUGGGGCUCCAUGCAAGAUCUCACCUCGUGGGGCAUCAAUGAUCAUGAGGAAGGUGAGGGAUCAGCCCAGAACUACACGGCAGGACCUGGUCAAUGACCUGAAGGGAGCUGGGACCACAGUCUCAAAGAAAACCAUUAGUAACACACUACGCCGUCAUGGAUUAAAAUCCUGCAGUGCACGCAAGGUCCCCCUGCUCAAGCCAGCGCAUGUCCAGGCCCGUCUGAAGUUUGCCAAUGACCAUCUGGAUGAUCCAGAGGAGCAAUGGGAGAAGGUCAUGUGGUCUGAUGAGACAAAAAUAGAGCUUUUUGGUCUAAACUCCACUCGCCGUGUUUGGGCGAAGAAGAAGGAUGAGUACAACCCCAAGAACACCAUCCCAACCGUGAAGCAUGGAGGUGGAAACAUCAUUCUUUGGGGAUGCUUUUCUGCAAAGGGGACAGGACGACUGCACUGUAUUGAGGGGAGGAUGGAUGGGGCCAUGUAUCGCGAGAUCUUGGCCAACAACCUCCUUCCCUCAGUAAGAGCAUUGAAGAUGGGUCGUGGCUGGGUCUUCCAGCAUGACAACGACCCGAAACACACAGCCAGGGCAACUAAAGAGUGGCUCCGUAAGAAGCAUCUCAAGGUCUUGGAGUGGCCUAGCCAGUCUCCAGACCUGAACCCAACAGAAAAUCUUUGGAGGGAGCUGAAAGUCCGUAUUGCCCAGCGACAGCCCCGAAACCUGAAGGAUCUGGAGAAGGUCUGUAUGGAGGAGUGGGCCAAAAUCCCUGCUGCAGUGUGUGCAAACCUGGUCAAGACCUACAGGAAACGUAUGAUCUCUGUAAUUGCAAACAAAGGUUUCUGUACCAAAUAUUAAGUUCUGCUUUUCUGAUGUAUCAAAUACUUAUGUCAUGCAAUAAAAUGCAAAUUAAUUACUUAAAAAUCAUACAAUGUGAUUUUCUGGAUUUAUGUUUUAGAUUCCGUCUCUCACAGUUGAAGUGUACCUAUGAUAAAAAUUACAGACCUCUACAUGCUUUGUAAGUAGGAAAACCUGCAAAAUCGGCAGUGUAUCAAAUACUUGUUCUCCCCACUGUAUAUUUCUUGCUCAGAAAACUUGGGGGGCCAAAUAAAACCACCCACGGGCCAAAUUUGGCUUGCGGGCCGCCAGUUGGGGAACCCUGCGCUAAGAUGUCUCGACCUGAGCAGUGAGUAGUCUGCCCACUCUAUAACAACCUCAUUAAACCCUAUGAAACCCUUGCUAUUGCAGCAGAGGAGAGUAGCAGCUGCAGUACAGACGCAGUGUGGAUGAACCGGGAGCAGAAUGUUCAGACGCCAGUGAUGAUGCCCUCGCCGCAUCUCACCUCCACUGUGCUGAGGGACCCCAAGAAAAUGAGGCCGGAGGAGAGUUACAUGGGUGUCUACGCCAUGACAUCAGAGCAGCAGCAGCACCAACAGCUGCCCCCCCAGCAGCACCACCAUCAGACCCCCAUGGACUACAAGUACGGAAUACCUUUCUAUGGCUCAACACCUUUUGAUUCUCAUGAGUAUCUUUGGCCAUCCAUUGUAGGGUGUCCACCCACUCUGCCCAGAGAUGGUGAAAAUGCGCUUUGGUGAUUAAAUGUCACUUUCUUAUGUUAGUUAUAAAAUAAAUUUAACCAAGACAAAUAUGAUUAUUCAAGUUCUGAAUCGUACAGUGGGAUCUAUCUCUAACAUAUAAUUAGCAUUAUAUCCAAAAACUCGGAUUUCGUAACUAAUACAUCUGAUUAAUAAGCACCAAGCUCUGUUGACAUAGUGGUGCAGGUUUCUCGUAACAACUUUUGAGGAUUUUACAUUUUGUGGUCGUCGUCUUCAAAGUUUUUUCCGCGGGUCACAAAAAGCUAAAUUAGCAUGACCCGAGCUGAAUUAAAUGUAAAAGGCUUUGAAAAUAAAAGGCUUGGUAUACGCUCAGUGCUCCGUUGACAUUUCACAUACGCUUGUUUUUGUGAGAAAUCUUCUAAAAAUAACAGGAAUUUUGAGUUAAUAUGAAAAGUGUAUACUAAAAUAUGAAAAUACUACAUAUCAUGUCUGAAAAUCGAUAUCCAUCUUACCUCUAUAUUGUUUUAUGUAUUGGGGAUUCGAGAAGAAAGAUGAUGAGUUCAACGGGAAAGUGAGCCUGUCAGGUAGCCAGUAGACUUAAUUCUUGCACAGAAUCCAGCAUAGUUUACACAAUGCAAUUUUCCGGAUUUUUGACCACUUUUUUUUUUCAGUCCUCCAUUGAUUUAGUCAUCCUAAUUCUGGCCAUCCUACAAGGGUAAAAAAUCCAAUAACUUUUGAACGAAUUAUGAUGAAGACAUGAGGUUUGGACCAUUAGUUUUCUUAGAGGAUUAACUACACAAUUAACAUAUUAUUUUACCCUUUGGUCAAAAUAUGCGUUUUUGAUUGGACACCAUAUCCAUUGUAAUGUUAUCACAAUGAAUGAUAUCUUCAAUGAGACCGCUGUAAUUCACCUCUUGUUUGAAUAAGUAUGACUGUCUGUAUUAAUGCGUCUGCCUCUGUUUUCAGUACCCAGGUGACCUGGAUGCUAGCCCAGAGACAGCAAACUGAGGCCCGGCAGCAGCAGGAGCGAGCCAGCAUGCAGUAUGCCAAGAUGAGGAGCCACAUGCAGCAUGCAAUGUAAGACGUCACUUCUCUUCAAGGCCAGAGUGGUGUUUCAAACCCAGUGUAGUACAUAGUCAUUUGCUGCCAUGUGUGUAAUGUAUAUAGUUAUUUGUGGCCAUGUCUUUGACCCUCUAGCCGCCGCAGUUCAGGACUCAUGGAGGACGAUGAGGAGCCAAUAGUAGAGGAUGUAAUGAUGUCAUCAGAGGACCGUUUGGAAGAUCUCAACGAGGGCAUGGAUUUCGAUACUAUGGAUAUUGAUCUGGUAAAAUACAGUCAAUUAUGUUUAUUUUCUCACAAGUAGUGCAUUUAUCAAUAUUACUGCUUUGGUGUUUCUUCUUUCUUACUCUGCUGUUAUUGUUUAGCCACCAUCGAAAAAUCGUAGAGAGAGAUCAGAGCUGAAGCCAGACUACUUUGAUCCUUCUUCCAUCAUGGAUGAUUCGGUGGGUAUUGGUUUGUUAUUGAGAGUAAAGUGAUAUCUACAUUGUUAAAGAUAACGUACAACAAACAAUAUGAUUGACAAUAACAGUGGCAGUGCCGAUGUGAAGUCCAGAUACCUAGUUAGUGUCUUUGGUAUGCAUAUGCUCAUGGAAACGCUUUACUGAUAUUCUUCUAUUCACUUUUCCAUAUUAUACAGAAAGUACUUAAAAACUAAAAUUGAUUUCCUUUCCUUUUAGGUCCUCAAUGUUUCAAUGUUCUAA